CUGCGUACAAAUAUUUUUUCUCCAUCACAAUCAUCGUGUAACCUUAGCCACAACUUAGUGAACGUCUUCACAGAAAUUAUUUUAAAUUGCCCAAAAAUCGCUAUAUAUCGUGUUUAGAUCGUAUCUAGCCCCUCGCGUGGUUCACCCCACGCGUUUCAAAACCCGGGGGUCUAAAAAAUGUACCAUAACCUAACUCCCUAAACCCGACUUGUCAUUUCUGGCGACAAAAACCCGGGCUAAAAAUGGAUGCUGGCGGUGACAGAUCCCUGCAUUCGUCUAAUGUGGCUGUGAUCCGAGAGGUGUACGAUAGCGAGUAUUCGCAGCAGUGCUUCUCCAUGGAGUUAGAGAAGGCUCUCGACGCUUGUUGUACCGUCAUUGUGAUAGAACCGAGUCAGUUGGGGGACGAAACGGCCCGUUGGAUCAGCGUGGGGAACUGUCUGCAUAAAUCAGCCGUGUUUUCGGGGAUUGGCUCGAUUCUGUCGGGGUUUCUUUGGCCGGAGAGAUUCGUGCCCCAGGUCCCCUUUAGCAUAUUCUCGGCUUUGUGCGCCUCGCUGUACACAGUAUCGUGGCAGUUCGACCACUGUGUGAAAUACCAGGUCGAGAGAGACCCCCGAAAGCUGGCAAGACUCCCCAUUUUGGGGGCCUUGACAGCCGCCUCGCCGGUUGUCUUGGUCCGGAAAGACAACACGAAGCGAAUUGUCCUUCACUGGAGUGUGUCUCUAGCCGCGGCGGCUCUGUGCGUGUACCGACUUUACCGCACCUUGAAAUAAAUUCCGAGUUUGUGUCUAGUUAAAUUAUUCUGUAGAUUAUUCCAAGUUAAACAUCGAGUGUUGGUACAAAACACUUUGUCUUCCUUUCCGAGGAGGGGCAGUAUUGAUCAAUUCGUUUCACUUCAUUACGAAACUUUGUUAAUGUAAAUAGUUAAAUAAAACACAGUUGAGAUUUA